UGCAACCCGCGGUUGCUGCCAGCAUUUAGCGCCAUCGUUAACACGCCGUGCUCUAAACCAGUGGUAGAAUCUUGCUUAGCGAGAGCGAGUGUGAGCAGCAGCAGCAGCAGCAGAGCGACCAGCAAGAAGCCAAGAAGAGAGUGAGAGGGAGAGAGAGAGAGGCGGUGGCCGGAGGUGGGAGAUGAGCGGGGCGGCGGCGGCGGGGGCGGGGUUCAUCAAGUGCGUCACCGUGGGGGACGGCGCCGUGGGGAAGACCUGCAUGCUCAUCUGCUACACCUGCAACAAGUUCCCCACCGAUUACAUCCCCACCGUGUUCGACAACUUCAGCGCCAAUGUCUCCGUGGACGGGAGCAUCGUCAACCUCGGCCUCUGGGACACUGCAGGCCAGGAGGAUUACAGCAGGUUGAGGCCUCUUAGCUACAGGGGAGCCGAUGUGUUCAUCCUGUCCUUCUCGCUCAUCAGCAGGGCAAGCUACGAGAAUGUUCAGAAGAAGUGGAUGCCAGAGCUUCGCCGGUUUGCACCUGGUGUUCCCGUAGUUCUUGUUGGAACCAAGUUGGAUCUCCGUGAAGAUAGGACCUAUCUUGCUGAUCAUCCAGCUUCUUCCAUAAUAACAACCGAGCAGGGAGAAGAGCUGAGGAAGCAAAUCAGAGCAGUAGCCUAUAUCGAAUGCAGCUCCAAGACUCAGAGAAACAUUAAAGCUGUUUUUGACACUGCCAUCAAAGUGGUGCUUCAACCUCCAAGACAUAAGGAUGUAACCAGAAAGAAACUCCAGACAGGUCCCAACCAGCCAGUAAGGCGGUACCUCUGUGGGAGCGCUUGUUUCGCAUAAACAGUAACCAAGAAGAAACAUUGGUGGCUUUUGGUUCAUCACCAUGAUGUUCAGAUGGCCCAUGGAUCCACUCAGAAUUUGGUUGAAGGUCAUGGUUGAAGCAACAUUGCUAGUAGCUAGGAGGAACUUCUAGUUCUCUUUUGUACUGCAGUGGAGCUCCUUUUGUUUCUCCCUUUUCUUUUUCUGAUGUUGUAAAAGCUCCAGAAAGUUUUUGCCCCAGCAAUAAGAUGUGCUCUUCUGGAUGGCUACCUUUACCCUGCCUCCUUUUCACUUUGCAAAAUGUUGGAAACUGCUAGGUCUAACCAAUAAAACUAAAAAGAAGCCACAUGCUUCAACCUUUCCUUA